GGGCAGGGGCAGGGGCGGGGGCGAGCGAGCGAGCGGAGCCGGCUGGCUGGCUGGCUGGCUGGUGGGGAAGGCGGCAGGCGGCGGAGGCUUGUCCUCCUCCCGCGUCAGCGGUCCCCCGGGAGGCCUCGCCGCCGAGCGCGCGCGCGCAGCGUGGGCCGCUCGUGAGCUCUGACUGACUCUGAGCGGGGCCGUGUCUGCCUGCCUGCCGGGCGGGCGGGGCGAGGCGAGGCCGCGCGUGAGGGGGGCUGCCACGGCACCAGGAUGUCAUCAGCUUGGCAUACCUCUGGUCUGUUGGUAGUCCUUGUAGCCCUUGUUGUCAGUGUGUGGGCUGAAGAGGUGAAAGAGAACAGCUGUGAUGUGAUUGGUGAUCAGAGCAGCGAGUCGCAAAUGGAAAAAGCCCUGCUGAAGAAACUGGAACCUCUGAGCCAAAUGAGGUUUAACACGACUGUGGAGCUAGGCACAACAGAAAAUUACACCUAUCACUUCAGAGUGUGCAGGGAGGUCGACAGCUCCUUGCAUGAUUUUGCUGGCCUAGUACAAAUUGAUAGAAAGACUGGGAAGACUACAGUGGUAGGAAGAAUCAAUGAAACCCAGGUUUUCAAUGGAAGUGACUGGAUCAUGCUAAUUUAUAAAGGGGGUGACUCAUAUGGUAGACAUUGCAGUGGUGAGAAGAGAAGAGCUGUGAUAAUGAUUUCUUGCAAGCGGGAGGUUACAGCGAGUUCAUUCAACAUUAUUUCGGAAGAGCGAGAAAAGGAGCAGGAGUGUUUCUACCUCUUUGAGAUGGACAGCAGUGUGGCCUGCCCAGCUGAGGAUUCCCGCCUGAGCAUUGGCUCCAUUCUGCUAAUGAUAUUUGCUUCACUGAUUGCAGUCUACAUCACUGGUGGGUUCCUCUACCAGCGCCUAGUGGUAGGAGCUAAGGGCAUGGAGCAGUUUCCUCACUUUGCCUUCUGGCAGGAUCUAGGCAAUUUGGUGGCGGAUGGCUGUGACUUUGUCUGCCGAUCUAAGCCUCGAAAUGCACCAGCUGCGUAUCGUGGUGUGGGUGAUGACCAGCUGGGUGAGGAGUCAGAAGAACGGGAUGACCACUUGCUGCCAAUGUGAUAGGCUUUCAACACUUUUCUCUCUUCUUCCUCCCUGUCUCCCUGGUGCUCGUUUAGCCAGGUGCCUCCCAGACAGUUCUCCUCUUGCUUCUCAUUUUCUUUAAACUAUUUGCUUUUGCUCUUUCUGGUGUGUCAUGUUCUUGGCAUCAUGAAAGCCUCUGGGUAUGAGCACCACCAGUCCCUGAAGGCAUGUCUUAUGAAUAAAAUGCUGUUUUAGGCUUUCAAGGAAUGCAGCAGAGCUGGGGGGAAUAUGUGUUGAGUGGAAUAGGAGACAGCAAAAAUGCAUAUUCAGCAUUCAGUAUUGAGCAGGGCCAGGAGAUGAAUUAUUGAGAAGGGCAUAGACGGGUGUAAAGAGGGGGUGGGGAAAGGAGACAGUGGGUUAAAAUAGCUGAGAUUCUAGGAGGAGCCUUUUAUGUCUCUCCUAAGGCUUAUUAGAUCUGUAAGACACUGGCUUUAUUCUUCACAUGCAUUUUUUUCAGCUUUUCUAGCUUCUGCACUGUUACGCAAGCCAUUUUCUGCCAGCAUAACCUACACAGGGUGCUCUAUGCCAAACUCUCUGGGGAUGAAAGAGGCAUUAGCACUUCUCUCCUUUUCCUAAUGGUAAAGUGUUGGAAAAAUACACACCAGUUCUUUUGAAGAGAUGCAGAGAGAUGUAGGCUAUCAACACGUAUCCUUUCAGACUGGAAAGGGACAAUGCUUGAAAACUAUGGGAGUUAGAAUACUGUUUCAUGUCUUUCUCCUUCAGUCCAAAUGACAUCUUUGUCUUCUCAGUAACUGGGAAGUUGAAGGAAAUGAUGUGCUGCUAAGUAAAAGGGACAUGUGCUGAAGGUGAAACAGAAAUCAGGGCAAAAUGAGAAAGUUAGAGAGAGCUGCAAUUUGGGUUGUUAAAAGCCUUCCUGAGGUUAACUGCCCACACAGCUCAGUCACUGUCAGAAUUCUGAUCAUAUGCUUUUUAAAGUUUCAUUGUCUGGUAGAGGGUUUUUCUGUGAAGCUACUAGAUCUUUUUUCCUUUCAAUAAAAAAAACAAAUAUAGAAGCCAAGGAUAAGAAUGCUAGCGCAUUCAAAACUGUGUAAGGGACUCCUGAGCUUACAGUCAGUUUGGAUAAACUACUGUCCCCCUAAGCAUGAUUCAGGUUAGUCUUAUAACACUUGCCCAUUGCAGGUGGUACUUGCAUGCUGCUACUAGCUGGGAAAGAUAACUUUCCCCUGGGGCCAAGGCAGCUUUAGCUGAGUUGUAAGACUUAAUUGGAGUGUUCAGGUACUUGGCACCUUGUUUUCUAAUUGCUUUUCAUGUGAGGGGGUUAGACUCUAGCAAUCAUCUUCUGCCACACUGUAAACUGUCAGAGACCUGCCUUCAGUCUUGAGGACAGAGACUGAGUAAGCCACUGCUGCUAACAACAGGGAACAGAAAAGGUUUAUGCAUUCUUACACUGCAGGUGCAGUCUGAACAGUGAAACUGAGAAGCAAGUGACCCUGCCUUCUUGCUGGAUUGAGUGGGCAAAUAAUUCCUGCUUUGACUUUUGUUAUGGUCUCAAUCUUUCUCAUAACAUGGGAAAAAAAGGAAGUCACUAAGUCUGCUGUUAAUUUUUUUCAUGGUGGUGUUUAAGAUAAGUUGGGUUUUUUUGUACAAAACAUAACUCUCAAAAAUAAAACAAUCAAAACCUGAACAA